AUGACUUGGGAUGAAGCAAUAUUGUCGGCUGAAGGCUUUGGUUUUGAUUGUAGCAGCAAUGAUUUUAAGAUUGUAAGCCUUCUUUAUCGCCGAACUGAUCCGUUUAGGUUUAUUAUUGAAGUUGACUCAGCUUGGAUUUUUUCAUACGUCUCAUGGUCAUGGAAACGUCUCACUAUCCCUUCUUCUUGGUUCGCUUAUCGUGCUGAACCCCCCGUAUUCUUUAAUGGUGUGCUUUAUUGGCGUGCUUAUCAUGAAGAAGAAGGAAGCGAUGAUUAUGACUUUAUACUUACAUUUAAUCUGACACAUGAAGUGUUUGGACGAAUAUUAUUUCCUAGUGAUGCACGUCUCAUGGGUAAGAUUUCUGUUGUAACAACAGGGGACUCGCUUCUCUUGAUACAAGAGACAUACGAGUGGCAUUUUGAUGAAUCUGAUGAAGAAACGGAUGAAGAUGAGCAGGUAUCUAACCAAUUUACCAUUUGGAUUACUAAAGGAAUUGACAACCAUGAGUCAUGGAUGAACAUCUUCUCAAUCACGUCAGAGAUGGAUCCUGAUCACAUAUUAGGCGCGAGAAAGAACGGUGACCUCAUACUAUACAUGGAUGGUGGGCAGAUUCUGAGGUUCAAUCCAACAACUCCAACCAAUCUCUUGGUGGGGGCUAUAGAAAAGAGUGUUUCCUUCCGUUAUCACAAUGAAAGCUUGUAUUUACUUGAGAAAGGGGAAGGUGUUCAUUCCUAUUAA